AUGGCUUCCAAGAUCGCCAGCAUGUCCUCCUCCCUUGUGGCGCUCCUCCUUGGCGUGCUGCUGCUCUCGCGCGGCGGCAUCAGCAACGCGGCGCGGCACCUGGAGGAGGCGGAGGUGCCGCCUGAUCUCCCGGCACCUCUGCCCAGGGCGGACGUGCUGCCGCCGCUGCCCAGACCCGACGUGCUGCCAAAGCCGGAGCUGCCGCCGCUGCCCAUACCCGACGGGCUGCCCAGGCCGGAGCUGCCGCCGUUGCCCAUACCGGACGUGUUGCCAAAGCUGCCGUUGCCGGAGCUGCCGCCGUUGCCUACGCCUGACGUGCUGCCGGUGCCGGAGCUGCCGCCGCUGCCCAAACCUGACGUGGAACCAGCGCCAGAGUUGCCACCAGUGCCCAAGGGUGAGGAGCGACCGAAGACGGAGCUGCCCCCGCUGCCAACGGGUGAGAUCGCACCAGAACCGGCUCUGCCGCCUCUUCCUACAGGCGACCUUCCGCCCAAAGGGCUACCCAAGAUAGACGAGCCGACGAAGACGGAGUUGCCUCCACUCCCGACCGGUGACCUUCCGCCGAAGCCAGAGGUCGAGCUGCCACCCAAGACAGAGGAGCCACCGAAGCCGGAGCUGCCACCCAAGACAGAGGAGCCACCGAAGCCGGAGCUGCCUCCACUCACUACCGGUGAGCUUGCACCGGAGCCGGCGCAGCCGCCACUGCCCAAGCCCGCGGAGCCAAAACCAUGA